GUCCCCAUUAACUCCGCCGUCCCUCCCCCGGCCCCGCCCGUCCCAGUCCCCUCGCGCCGCACACGGGCCGGAAUCCGGAGCCGGAGCUCGCCUGCCUCUGCCCGCGCCUCCACCGAUCGGCGGGAUGAGAGGUUCCUCGCGGAGGCCGCUGGCCGCGGUCAUGGCCUGGGUGCGGCGCCAGCCGCCCAAGGUCAAGGCCUUCCUCGCCGUCGUCGCCGGGAUGGCCGCGCUCGUCUUUAUCCGCUUCAUCGUCCACGACCACGACAACCUCUUCGUCGCCGCCGAGGCCGCGCACGCGCUCGGGAUCGCCGUGCUCAUCUACAAGCUCACCAAGGAGAAGACCUGCGCCGGACUGUCACUCAAGUCUCAGGAUUUGACAGCAUUAUUUCUGGCUGUUAGGUUGUACUGCAGCUUUGUUAUGGAGUAUGACAUCCAUACAGUUCUGGAUACAGCUACACUAGCAGCUACUCUUUUUGUUAUUUAUAUGAUUCGGUUCAAACUGAGGUCAACAUAUAUGCUGGACAAAGACAACUUCAAAUUGUAUUAUGUGGUAGUGCCUUGUGCUGUGCUAACAUUUUUUGCCCAUCCUACAACAUCGCACAACAUAGUGAACAGACUUUGCUGGGCCUUUUGUGUUUAUUUGGAAGCUGUUUCAGUGCUGCCUCAGUUGCGUUUGAUGCAAAAUACCAAGAUUGUUGAGCCAUUCACAGCUCAUUAUGUGUUUGCACUGGGUGUUGCAAGGUUUCUGAGCUGUGCACACUGGGUCCUUCAGGUUUUGGAUACCCGCGGCCGUUUGUUGACUGCUCUGGGCUAUGGUCUGUGGCCAUCAAUGGUGCUUCUCUCCGAAAUCGUUCAGACUUUCAUCCUCGCAGAUUUCUGCUACUACUAUGUGAAGAGUGUUUUUGGUGGGCAACUGGUGCUGCGGCUCCCCUCGGGGGUGGUCUAGAAACUGCAGCAGGAUACAAAGCAUACUGUUGGUUUCUUCUCUGCUCAUCAUACAACGCAACAGUCAUUAUGCUCCUUGUGCCCAAACUUUAGCAGUGGAGUGGAUAGCAGAGCCUCGUUCGCUCUAUUUUUUUUUCUUUUCAUCUGUAAACUGUUUACGUGAAACCUGUACCAAAUACCGUGAAACGUAGGUUGUCCAUCUGACUUCUUCGUCCAGGCUAGAGUUGUUGCAGUUCCAGAAUAGAGACAGACGGGAUUUCCCCAUUUCAAUGACUGUUGUGUUCCUCUUUCGUUGUCGCUGAUCCUGUCUUACCGCUGUGUUAAGAAUAGUGAAGGAUGCUUUGCUUUGGCA